AUGGAGGCCGGGCCGGCCUCGCCGCGCCGGGAGCAGCGGCCCGAGGGGACGCGCCGUGGCCGCGCCUCCGCCUCGCCCAGAGAAAAAAGAAAUGCAGGACCUUGCCAGACCUGUCUCGCCAUGCCAGAGAUUGCCAACACUGAGCCCAGCUACAGUGGCACUUCUUGGGAAAGAAUCUGCCCGGUCCAUCACUGCCCCAUUCCUGCAUCGCCCAGGCUGGGGGGAGACCACCUGCCCGCCUCCAGUCACACGCUGGGGCCAAUCUCCACCCAGUCCAAUGGUCAGGUACCAUCGAGCUCCCAGGACGCGCAACAGCAUCACUUGUAUUACUCCUGCAAUCAGCAGGAGCCCCGAGGCAGCUAUGGCCUGCCCCUGCUCCCUGGGCACGGUGAGAAGUCCACAUUGUGUUCUCACCUCUCCAGCAGCGAUCCUGUCCCAGCUUCUCAUCAUGAGGCUUUGGAAACCCCUUGGAAACGGUGGUCCCCUGGGCAGCGACUCUCCCAACCGGUGCAGCACCACGUUGUAACAGUCAGACAUGACAAGGCUUUCAGGAUGCCCAAAAGUUAUUCUCAAAUGAUCGCAGAGUGGCCCAUUGCUGUCCUGGUGCUGUGUGCAGUGACAGUUGUGGUUUGUACUUUAGCUGGCCUGCUUGUUGGAAAUUUGCCGGAUUUUUCAGAACCCCUGAUGGGUUUUGAGCCACGAGAUACCGACAUUGGCAGAAAGCUCAUUGUAUGGAGGAAUGUAGAGAGCCAUACGGGCCACAAGAAGACCUUUUCCCUUUCUCCAUAUGCUGAGAAGAAAAGCUAUGAUGACAUUGGCACUAGCAGAGGACAAAAGGCUGUUCAGGGAGGACAAGAAGCGAGGACACGGAGAAUGGUGGAACAAAUCUAUGGAGUAGAUGGUUUCUUUUGCGGUCCCCCAGAGAAGGGCUAUUCCAAGCUGGUAUUUAUGUCCACAACUGCUGGGAGCUUAUGGAACUUGCAAGCUAUUCAGUCCAUGUGUCAAAUUGAACAAGACAAGAUACGCUCACAUGUGCGUUUUAGAGACCUCUGCCAACGUACUGAAUCCAAUGAAUGUUGCCCAAGCUGGUCUCUUGGGAACUACAUUGCUGUCCUGUACAACAGGUCUUCUUGUCUGGAGAUAACUCAAGGAGACAUUUCCCACACCCUGGCUCUCCUUCGUGCCUGCGCUCCAGACUACCACAAAGGUAUCCUCACUCCAUCAUGCAUAGGUCCUGAGACCAUGAGACAGAAACACCCUCAGUGUGCCAAAGUCCCAGAAAAAUGUACCCGCUUCAAUGCUAUUUACCAGCUUCUUCACUUCUUGGUUGACAGAGACUUUCUUAGUCCCCAGACAAUUGAGUACCAAGUGCCAUCUCUCAAGUACAGCCUACUCUUUUUGCCUACAAGGAAAGGUGCAUCUAUGAUGGGGAUCUACUUAGACAAUCUUGAAUCUUGGGAUCUAUUUGAUAACUAUACAUCUAUCACUGGAAUGGACUUGGGCCUUAAACAGAAACUAUUCCAGCACUAUCUUUUACUGGAUACUAAAUAUCCAGUUCUGGCAAUAUUAGCUAUUUUUCUAAUCAUUUCUUUUUAUUUACGCUCGGUCUUUAUUACCUUGAUGGUCCUGCUCACUGUCGUCAGCUCUUUGAUGAUCUCCUACUUCUUGUACAAGGUGGCCUUCAGAUUCACCUACUUCCCUUUCGUAAACCUGAUGGCUGUUAUCAUUCUCAGCAGCAUUUGUGCCAACCACACCUUCAUCUUCUUUGACCUCUGGAACCUGAGCAAGAGCCAGAACCCUUCUGCUGGGCUUUCACAGCGGGUGAGUCAAACCAUGCAUCAUUUUGCAUAUCUCAUGUUGGCAUCCUGCUUCACAACGGGUGCUGCCUUCUAUGCCAGCUACAUUAGCAAUAUAAUAGCCAUCCGCUGCUUUGCUGUUUACAUGGGCACCUCCGUCCUAGUGAAUCUCAUAUUCAUGAUGACUUGGCUUCCGUCUUCGGCUGUGCUGUAUGAGCGCUACAUUGCGACAACCUGUGUUCACAAGCCAGAAGACUACUGGAAAAACACCGGCCACAAGAGAGUGGCUCUCUCCCUCCACUAUGUUCUCAGGGGUCUCCAGAAGACGUUGUGUGAAACCUCCAAGUUGUUAUUUGAAAAGCUUUUGCCUUGUGGGGUCAUCAAGUUUCGGUACAUCUGGAUCUGCUGGUUUGCCGCUUUAGCAAUCGGAGGUGCCUACAUUUCCUGUUCCAACCCAAAACUCAAACUCCCAACUCUUGAGUCAUCGUCUGUUCAGGUGUUCAGACUGAGCCACCCCUUUGAGAGGUACGACUCUGAGUACUGCCACCAGUUCAUGUUUGAGAGGCUAGAGCAUGGAGAAGGGCAGCGUAUGCCAGUCACUAUCAUCUGGGGUAUCCUGCCUGUGGAUAAUGGGGACCAUUUCAAUCCAAAAAGCAAUGGCACCCUUGUGGCAGAUGCCACCUUCACAAUCCAAAGUCCUGAUGCCCAGAAGUGGCUCUUUGAAUUCUGUAAAAAGGUGAAGAACCAAACUUUCUAUUACCUUGAUACGGAGCAGAAAUCUACUGUGUGUUUCAUGGAGGAGUUUGUCAGGUGGAUGGAUAGUCGCCAGUGCUCCCAGAGAGACAAUAGCUUCAACCUGUGCUGUAAUCAGUUCUCUUUCCCUUAUGGAAGUGAAGUCUUCCUACACUGCAUCAAAAUGAUGCUCCUGGAACAAGGCAGGGAAGAGGCAGAAACAUACGAUCUGGGCCUCAGAUUUGAUGGAGAGGGAAAUCUUGCUGCCUUAGUACUGCAAUUUCAAACUGUUUAUCACUACAGCUUCAAUUACAGCAAAGCCAAACACUUCUAUGAAGAAAUCAACCUCUGGGUAACAGAAGAAAUGAAAACUGCCCCUGUGGGACUUCAGAAUGGGUGGUUUACCAGUAAACUAGAGCUGUACAACCUCCAGCACAGUCUCAGCACAGAAACAAUAGUGGUCAUGGGGCUCUCUAUUGCCAUUUCUUUUGUGGUGCUGCUGCUCACUACCUGGAAUGUUCUCCUUAGUGUUUUCUCUGUGACUGCCAUUGCAGGAACUGUCCUGGUAACUGUUGGCCUUUUGGUCCUCUUGGAGUGGCAGCUCAACGCGGUGGAGUCUCUCUUCAUUUCAGCCGCAGUAGGUCUUUCUGUUGACUUUACUGUCAACUACUGUAUCUCCUACCAUCUGUGCCCCCAUUCGGACCGCCUGAGCCGAGUGGCCUUUUCCCUGAAGCAGAUGAGCUGUGCCACUGCGAUGGCAGCAUCUGCUUUGUUCUCUGCAGGAGUCAUUAUGUUGCCCGCUACAGUUCUGGCCUAUAGAAAGUUGGGGAUAUUUAUAAUGAUGAUCAAGUGUAUCAGCUGUGGAUUUGCCAGCUUCUUCUUCCAGUCACUGUGCUGCUUCUUUGGCCCAGAGAAGAACUGCGGGCAGAUUCUUUGGCCUUGUGCCCACACCAUGAAAGAUUAUUCUGAUGACUCUGAGCCAAAUGGAACCUAUGCCUGUGGGGGAAAUGAGAAGCAAAACCGAUUGAGGAAGGUCCAGGAGUCCAACACUGCAAAUGAGCAAUAUGAGCUUCAGCCUUUGUCCAGAAAACUGAGUGACAGUUUUGACAACAGCACAUCCACAAGCAAGCUGUCCAACAGGCCAUCAGUGCCCUCCGAAGACAUGCAAGCUGAAGAUAAUAGGUGCCCAAGAAUAGGAUCACACCCUCCCCUUCAAAGAGAGAGACAGAAUCUGCAAGAGAACCUUGGAUGUGACCAGUCCGUCCUGUGCCAGUGUCCUGCCUUGCAAACUUCCUCUCCUUACAAGCACAGCAGCUCAGGAGCAGAAAUUCACAGGGAGAGAUUAUGCAGAGAUUGUCAGUGUCGAAAAUACAGCCCAAAAGCUUGGGAUAGUUCUGGGCUGGACUAUACUCAGCCAGCUGGUGUGAAUGAAGAAGGGCAGCUCAAUAAAUCACAGUGCUCCACUGACACUGCCCAGCAGCAGUCAGAUUAUACCUCAGACAACAGCCAUAUUCCUGCUGCUGACAUCUACAAAAUUCACAGAUGCCUUUGUUCUCUUGGCAGCUCUUUUGACAUGCUCAACAUCUCCAGUGAGACAUCAAUUAGUGAUUUUGAGCAAGGCCUAAAGCUUGCUGAAUCAGCCAGUUCUUGUCCUGAUGUCUUAGAGCUCUCUGAUUCAUACAGUCAAACAGAGAGAGGCUACUUGAAUGGGAAGAGAGAUACACUGCGUCUGGACCUGAGGGAGACCGUCUUUGAUAUCUCUCCAGCAGCAUCGCAGCAAAACAGCUCUUCAUGGAAAAAUCGAUUUGGAUUAGGGAGUGAAGGGCCCGUUGUGUUACCUAACAGCCAACCAGACAUGCCUGAUGUUUGGAUCAAGCGAUCUAGCGCUCAAAGUUCUGGAUACAACAGUUGAAAUCUUGCAGAGAACAAAACUGUACUGCUAGGGAAAGGGGAAGUCGAAAUCUCCUCGGAACUGUAAAUAUCAAUUUUUUCCUCCCACCUCUCUUUGGGCUGAAACUAUUUCAUAGUUUUCAGCUGUGCAAGUACCUGUGCUUUCACAGAACCAGCAAAUCUGAUAUUGCGAGAUCAGUCAUGGUGGAGUAUAAAGCCCUUCGACUUUCCAGUGUCCUGUGCCACAUUCACAGCUGUACAGUGGAAUGUAUCGAGUAAACCUGUUUUGUCGUUUCCUAAAUGGUGAUUAGAUUUUUUCUUGUUAAACUC